ACAUGGGACGCAACCCAAGAAAAUUUGGAACUGCGCUCUUUGAAUCAACCUCCACUUUUCUCUCUAUCUUCUCCUAAUUUUCCUGGGGCACUCUCGACUUAAGGGAUGUCAUGUUAAUAUCCGUUCACGCAUAUCCGUUUAAGAAUAUUUACAUCCGUGGCUCAUCCCUACUUUAAUGAGCGGCCUAUUGCUUACUGCACCUCCAUAAUUACUAACUGCAUCUCACAAUGUCAGGAAAAGAUUCAAACACCUUUCACUACUGUACCCGCGCCACCACUAUCAUGGCUUCCACCAACACCUCUGUUGCAAAGAAAGAAGCUAAAAAAUGUAGAAAAAACUCACUUUGAAAUUUUUUUUUCAUGUGUUUUGGAAAACUCUGUCCAUAAUACAUUUCAUGUACGGGUAUUCCGAACAACUUAUUCCCGAAAGCAUUGAGUUUAAGAAUUUUUUUUUUCAAAAAUUCUUUUGUAGAAAAAAUUAUUCUGAAACACAUUUUAUACGUUCCUGAAAUUCUGUUAUGGAAAUUAUAUUCUAAAAAUUUCGUUUCAAAAAUUCUGUUCCAAAAAUUCUGUUUUGAAAAUAUUAUUCCCGAAAUCCCAGAAAACUUGUUCCCAAAAGAUUUUGAAAUGUGUAAUUCGGAAGUCACGUUUCCAAAGAGCAAAAUGUCAUUUCAAAAGUAUGAGGCGUGCGUGCGUGAAGAAAUUGUGGGGGUUCCGAAAGUAAAAGCCCAAUGGGCGUCACCAUGGGUCAUAACAUGGGUCAACCGCGUUCAGAAUGUUAUAGUUUCUAUUUUCGAAACCGUUGUUUUGUUUCGCGCGCGAAUUCCAGAAAGUUUUGAUUCUGAAUGGAGUUUUCUACGGUUCAGGAAUUGUGCUUACAUUUAAUAUCUUCAGCGUAUCAAAGAUGCCGAUUAUCGGAGCAGAUUUGCAGACUCGCAAUCAUUCUCACUCGCUCUUCAUCUGUGCAUCCUUCUCUUCGAAUUUCAAUCUCCGAUACUGGCAUUGGGAGCUGCUUAGAGGAAUUUCAAGACUUAAGGUUUUCUUCCACGGAUUUUGCUGACAAUUGGGAUGGAAUACUUUCUCUCAAAACCACCAGCAUUAUGGAUACCGAGAUACAUAGUUAUCAGAUAAACCUGAAAGAAAGGGGUUCCUCUAGAAUAACAAGACUACCUUCAAACACAAAAAAUGGGGCAAAAUUCAGUGGUAGUGAAGCUUAUCUGUCUUGUUUUGUUAGCCGUGAUCUCUUACUGUCUGAUAUCCAUACCUUUAUACAGAAGAUGCAAAUUUUAAAGAUUCCUAAUAUUGCAAUUCAAUUGGUAGCAGAAGAUUGCGAUGAUCCGGAAUCACGAUAUGAAAAGAUUUUUCUUGCGAAUGAGUGCAAGCAAUUACCAAUGUCGGCAUCAAAUCUAGAACUUCUUAAGUCAGGCAUAGAAGACUAUGUAGUUAAGCAUGGAAAUAAUUUAAGUAACAUGUGUAACUCUUGCUUCCCAAGUUGGGAGCAGCUCAAAGUUGGAAUUGGGGUAGCUUGCUGCACUGAUAAUCGUUUAAACACGGAACUGGUGAUGGAGGCAGUCAUAUUAAUGAGUAAUAUAUCAAUGCAGAACAUUGCGUGCUUCCGGGAAUAUGAUAAUAGAACAGAGGUUUUGUAUUUCAAGGACUUUUCACCUUGUACAAUCUCCCGAUCAUCUAUGAAGGCAUUGCAAAGCAUUGACUGGAAAACAUAUGGCUUAAACUUAAGGGGUACAGUAGAGCAAGAUGGCGUUACAUUACUAGAAUGGGAAAACAUGCCUACAGAUACACACAUUGAUAUUGUGCUCCACGUAUAUCAUAAACAAUAUCCAGCAUUGGACAAAUCCUUUUUAUCUUUAUCAGAGACAGUUAAAAGUGUUUUACAUAGACACAUUGUUAAGACCAUGAUACCAGCUCCUAGGAAAUUGUCUCCACUUGACAGAAACCUUGUUAAGAGAGCAGUUAAACUUUCACUGGAUGAUUUGAAGGCGAAUCAUUCCCAGGAUUUUUUAAGUUCACGUGCCCUUCAGAUUCGCAGUUAUGCCCCUGAUCUCGCAAAAACUAUUGCUGGGCUGAUAUUGUCUUCCAGCGAUUUGGAUUUCCAGGGAGAAUGCUUUUCUCUUCUUGGAUUACAGUCUCAAGAAGUUGGAACUGAAAUUGUGGAAAGCUGUAUUGAAGAAAGGAUUGUUUCAGUUAUAGAGAUGAACGACAAGAAGCCCAACAAUUCUCAACAGGUCGCACCUUACCUUUUCGAAGAAUUAGAAAACCCUGUCCGGGAAUCAGAAUUUCAAGAAAACGAUUUCAGCCCCUUGGACUUUUAACUCUUGCAAGGUUUUCCUGCAUCCUUAGUUCAUCUUUCAAAAUGGUAGUAUUCAUAAUUCAUAGUAUACGUAUAUUUGUACCAAUGUGACGUCUGAUAUCGAUGAAGCUUCAAACUCAAAGAUAUUUUUUGUGUAUAGAUCACUUAAUUUAAUCA